GGGCUAGACGCGGCCCGCGGCGCGACAAGUGGCGCAGGCGGAGGAUCGCACGCAGGCGACGCGGGAGCCCGGCAGACGAGGCAAGGUCGUCUCAAGUUUCUCUUUGCCACCUUCCUCUCCCUAUGUUUCUUCCAUAGUUCCCACUCUGCUUUGUUCAAGACCUUCUGCCAGUCAGCAAGCUCUCACAGACACCUGCGCUCAUGCUUUGCACACCGUUUCUCUCUCCUAGCCACCGAUGUCCUUCACGUUCAAGUGGCCCCGUUUCUCUGACCAGUUUCACGCCGAUGCCAUCCAGAUGCUCACCUCCGCCCUCAACAAGGGCAACAAACCGCCCGUCAUAGCCGACAAGAUAGAGGUCGUCGAGCUCGAGAUGGGUACCCAACCACCAGAACUCGAGAUUAGAGACAUCGGCGAGCUCACCAUGGACCAGUUUCGCGGUAUAUUCCGCCUCACCUACUCCGGCGACGCACACAUAGUCCUCCGGACAAAGGUCCAGGCAAACCCGCUCAACCAUAAACAACCAGAUAUCCACCUCAUGGGCGGCUCGAGAGGCAUGCUCGCAGCCAAACAGCCGCUGGUCGUGCCCAUGCUGCUCCGCCUCUCUGGCUUCAAGCUCAACUCGUACGUCGUCCUCGUCGUCUCGCGCCAGAAGGGCAUCACGCUCGUCUUCAAGACGGACCCGCUCCAGAACGUCGACAUCAACAGCACGUUCGACUCCAUCGCCGUCAUCCAGAAGUUCAUCCAGCGCGAGAUCGAGGGGCAGCUUCGCCAGAUGUUUAGGGAGGAUUUGCCGGGCAUCAUACAUCGCCUCAGCCAGCAGUGGGUCAAGGCCAAGGUCGAGGCGCCGUACUUGGCGAAGCGUCCAAGCCCGACUACUGCUGCUGCUGUCCGGCAGCGGCAGCGCGAGCGCGAGCAAGAGCGGGACCUAGACUCGAUGUCGACGAUGUCCAAUGCGCCGUCGUACUAUUCGUCGUACUCACAGUUCCCGCCGCCAGUAGGCCUGCAGCCCAGCCUGAUGCCACGGACGUCGCUCGGGUCACCUAGCUUUACCCGCCCUCGCACCGCGUCGGUGGUGUCUGGCCUUAGUGCGAGUCGCAGGCCGACACCUUCUGUUGCCUCUUCGCCAGCCUCCGCGACACCGAUGCCGACACCUGCUCCUGACAGCGCGACGUCUUCAUUCCCUGACAUCGAGAAUUUCGACCCGACAUAUGGCCUGCGUCCUGAGGGAUUACCGAAGAAGAGCGUUUUCAGCGGGUUCCGGAGCCUUUUUGCGCCAAGCAAAGGUUUGGCAGACCUUGCGGAGGAGCCGAGCGACGUUGACGACUCUAUGGACGAGACCGGAUCGUUUGGCACUGGCCAGUGGGACGAUUUCCUCUCGGACUACAACCCCCCGCCGCCGCCAUCUGUGGCAGAGCCAGAAGAAGAUGCGGUGGAGUACGAGACAGUUCCUGCCGUCGGAGGUGGCACGAUCAUGCGACCACGGGUGUACCAUUCGCAGUCGCAGAUCCUCUCGCCCAUGGGGGAGGAUUCACCGUCAGGAGAGAUGUCGAGCAUCGUCGGCAGACCUGCAAGUCGUACUGCUGUGCGACCCCCACCGCUGAACAUCCCUUCGUCCUCGGGGUCGUCGCGCUACGGACCUAACUACAACCCGUACUUCGCCGGAGCAACGCCUUUCACUAGCAGGACACCGUCAAGAUUGGGCGUGGACUCAUGGCGCGAAGACACCAUGGAAGCAAGCCGGUCUUUCUCCGCCGUACCUCCGGUGCCACCACUCUAUCGCUCUCCUCCUUCACGCCCAGGAAGCCCGUCGAGCUUGCAGAGCCGUCUCUCCAGCGACAUGACACGCUCCGUCCCAACGCCACCGCCCUCUGAAGGCGAAGCAGGCAUCCGAAUCACCCGCCCGCGUCGGUUGUCAGCCGCCUCCUCCACUCUCGAUAGAUUCCAGCCCAGUUCUCCUAUGGGAUCCGACUACACAGACCACGACCCAAAAAUUGUCCUCCGUCCUUUCAUCAACAAUUCCAUUUCGAAGCUCUCCACGCUCUCCCAUUCGAACCACACGCUCUCGCCCUACACCCGCACACUUGAGCACUUCACUGUCCGUAGUGUUCCACCCCGCGACGCGUCGUCUACCGGUCCUGCUUCGAGCGUCGAGAAACAACCCAUCAAGGCCAAGCGGAAGCGCAUGCAUCGUCUUGGCGGCAAGCCUGCAAAGACUCCUGGCCCUGGCGGCGCUGCUGUCGUGGACGUGGAUCUUCAUCCCCAACCACCGUCAUCGCCUGUGCCGCUCUCCGAAUUUGACGUCUCCGAGAUGGACCGUUACUUCCGUUCCAAUGAUGACCUCCUCCCCCGCUACCCCGAUCACAUCGCCCCGCCUAACGCCCGCCGACGAGUUCCGUACCAAUCGUAAUCUGGACCUGUAUCUCGCGUACCUUACUGCUGCCGCCUCGCCCGUGCCCUGUCCAUGUAUGUCAGCUGCUUUAGCCUCUAGUCUUUACCGUAGUCACUCAGUUGUAGAUCUGCAUCUUCUGUGCUUGUGUAUCCUUUGUUUCGUUCCGAAUUGUUCACAUCGGGUUAAAC